UCGUAUAAUAAAGAUAGGGGGAUUACUGGAUUAGGGAUUUCUAUGGUGGGUUUUUGUGGAGUGAAAAUCAGUAUAUGACCACUUUCACAGAAAGGCGAUUGCUUUUCCAUGGAGGUCCCUAUGAACACUCAAAGACAGAGCACUCCUCAUGCUUUGUUGUUGAUGUAGAAAGGAAUUGGAGUAUGACCAUUAUUCAAGAGAAGCUGAAUGCAGCAAGUGUCAACACUGGAACACACAGUUUAGUUGAGGAAAUGAAAUUGUUGAAGGAAAUGCAAGACCAUUCUUGGAUAAAGAAACCAAUAAAUUCUGAACUAUGGCAUGCAUGUGCUGGACCAUUGGUGACCCUCCCACAAGUGGGAAGCCUUGUUUAUUACUUCCCACAAGGACACAGUGAACAGGGCAGCCAAAACGACACCUACUUACUAUGGGUUGGAGCAUGUUUGUUGGCGCUAAAAGGCUUAAAGCUGGUGAUGUUGUUCUAUUUAUCAGAUUAACUGAGGAAUGUUGGUAUCCAGAUUUGACAAUGAGGCCAAAAUUUUCAGAGAUCAUCAUACGACUUGACAAAAUAGUUGGAAAUUGCACGAAACACGGAUGGGGGAAAGAUGCAUUGAAGCUCCCAUGGUAUGCUGAGUUGUGUUGUGUUGGGGUCAACCCACGAAGACACAAGUACCCGCGGCAACGCGCGGGCAUUCCCACUAGUCAAAUAUAAAAUCAAUAAAAGAACAUCAUACCUGGAUCUUAUCUGGAUGAAUCUAUGACAUUCAAAACACAAAAAGAAAAAAAUUAAGGAUCAACACGAAAAUUAGGGGAAAACAGAAUAAAAGGUAUCCAAUAACACUAAACACACCUAGAUUUUGAUCAAUAUCGACUACGGAAUCGACAUACCUGUAAGUGAAUAUUGUUAUGUGCUCAUUUCCUUGGGUGACAAUGAUAUGCAUCAGAAGCUUUACUUUACAGCAGAUGGAUUUGUAUUAUUUAAUUUUGUAUGAUAUUUAUUUUACUAGUUAUUUUAUUUCCUUUGUUAAGAAAAAGUCAAGUCAAAGUGGUUAGUAAUUUCUGCACUAUUUUAGGAGAACAUGGGUUAAGGAGUAGUGGGUAGUUUGAGUCUUGUUACUAUUUCUAAUUUUCGUUUGUAGUUUGGUUGUUAUUAUGAAUGAAUGAAAUGAAUUAAGUCUGAGUUUCUCUCUAAAUAUUCUUCUAGUUUCCACCUAUUUUCUGUGGAGUUUGACCCACUUUAACGGGUUAUCUAUCAAACCAAGUGGUACACAUCAAUUUGUAUCAGAGCGGUCUUGAUCCACUCUUAUGGACGCUAAAAAAUGGAACGAGUCGUUGGCUCGAAUCGAGUCAAUGCUUGUUGAGAUUAUUGAUUUUCUCAAGAACCGAACUCGGUUACCACCGCCAGUUUCCGCCACCGCACUGCCAUCCCCAUCACCCGCUGCUGCCUCACCACCACCGCCAACCGAUGCACUCACACUACCAUCUCCACCAAUUCUAAAACUUUCAACACCCUCAAAACCCACAUCACCAUUUGCAAAGACUCAUUCCCUGAAACUGGCACCCUCACCCAAACCACCUCCAACAAAAGCAGCCCUUAUAGUUGCACCCAAACAAGUACCAACGGCUGGUGUACUCAGCCCUUCCCCAUCUCCGAAUCCAGCAGCAAUACCAUUAAAGAAAGCUUGCCAAUCAUCAACAAUGAAGACGAGAGUGAAAACGAUUAUCGAUGUGGCCAAGAAGCGCGAGUGGUGUCCAUCAUGGCGCUUCACGAAAACUACUCUGAAUGUUACCGGUAGCGUCGAGUGGCGGCCUCCGUGGUAUUUCACCAAGCCUCGCCCGAAGGACACGGGAAGGAUCAUCGACUGGCGUCCCCCUUGGCGCAACUCCAAGUCUCUUUCGAUUUUUAUCCUUGAGGACAAGGAUUUUUCAUGUGGGAGGGAUUGUUAUGUGCUCAUUUCCUUGGGUGACAAUGAUAUGCAUCAGAAGCUUUACUUUACAGCAGAUGGAUUUGUAUUAUUUAAUUUUGUAUGAUAUUUAUUUUACUAGUUAUUUUAUUUCCUUUGUUAAGAAAAAGUCAAGUCAAAGUGGUUAGUAAUUUCUGCACUAUUUUAGGAGAACAUGGGUUAAGGAGUAGUGGGUAGUUUGAGUCUUGUUACUAUUUCUAAUUUUCGUUUGUAGUUUGGUUGUUAUUAUGAAUGAAUGAAAUGAAUUAAGUCUGAGUU